GUUGGAAUGCUUUUGUGUCUCUCUGCAACUAUUAAAUAUAACUCCAUUCAAUUGGGAGUGGGACUUAGGUCUAACUGACAAGGUUAAAUAACCUUAGUCCAGGACGCCGCUCUCUCUGGCACAUCAGCCUGCGGUUUGGGGGAGUGAGCUGAAUCAUGUCACCGUUUCUCCGAAUUGGUUUGUCCAACUUCGACUGUGGGUCCUGCCAGUCCUGCCAGGGUGAGGCGGUUAACCCUUACUGUGCCGUGCUUGUCAAAGAGUAUGUUGAAUCAGAGAAUGGGCAGAUGUACAUCCAGAAAAAGCCGACCAUGUACCCGCCCUGGGACAGCACUUUCGACGCCCACAUCAACAAGGGGCGAGUGAUGCAGAUCAUUGUGAAGGGCAAAAACGUGGACCUGAUAUCCGAGACCACCGUGGAGCUCUACUCCCUGGCCGAGAGAUGCAGGAAAAACAAUGGGAAGACAGAAAUAUGGUUAGAGCUGAAACCUCAAGGCCGAAUGCUGAUGAACGCGAGAUACUUUCUGGAAAUGAGUGACACAAAGGACAUGAACGAAUUCGAGACCGACGGCUUCUUCGCUCUGCAUCACCGCCGGGGAGCCAUCAAGCAGGCCAAAGUCCACCACGUCAAGUGCCAUGAGUUCACGGCCACCUUCUUCCCACAGCCCACGUUUUGCUCCGUCUGCCAUGAAUUUGUCUGGGGUCUGAACAAACAAGGAUACCAGUGUCGACAAUGUAAUGCAGCAAUUCACAAGAAGUGUAUCGAUAAAGUAAUAGCAAAGUGCACAGGAUCAGCUAUCAACAGCCGAGAAACUAUGUUCCACAAGGAGAGGUUCAAAAUCGACAUGCCGCACAGAUUUAAGGUCUACAAUUACAAGAGCCCAACCUUCUGUGAGCACUGUGGGACCCUGCUGUGGGGCCUGGCCAGGCAAGGACUCAAGUGUGACGCAUGUGGCAUGAAUGUGCAUCACAGAUGCCAGACAAAGGUGGCCAACCUUUGUGGUAUAAACCAGAAGCUGAUGGCUGAAGCGCUGGCAAUGAUCGAGAGCACUCAGCAGGCUCGCUGCUUAAGAGAUUCUGAGCACAUCUUCAGAGAAGGUCCAGUUGAAAUUGGUCUCCCGUGCUCCAUAAAAGGUGAAGCAAAGCCGCCGUCCGUACCAGGACCAGGGAAAAAAGAGCCUCAGGGGAUCUCCUGGGAGUCUCCCUUGGAAGAGAUGGAGAAAGCAUGCGAUCGUCCAGAACCUGAGCCGAGCAAAGAAAGAAGUUCUCUACGUAUGAAACUAAAAAUCGAGGAUUUCACCUUGCACAAAAUGCUGGGAAAAGGAAGUUUUGGCAAGGUCUUCCUAGCAGAGUUCAAGAAAACCAAUCAAUUUUUCGCAAUAAAAGCCUUAAAGAAAGAUGUGGUUUUAAUGGAUGAUGACGUGGAGUGCACAAUGGUAGAGAAGAGGGUCCUCUCCUUGGCCUGGGAGCAUCCGUUCUUAACACAUAUGUUCUGCACAUUCCAGACCAAGGAGAACCUCUUUUUUGUGAUGGAGUAUCUCAACGGAGGAGACUUAAUGUACCACAUCCAGAGCUGCCACAAGUUCGACCUCUGCAGAGCCACGUUCUACGCUGCCGAAAUCAUCCUCGGUCUGCAGUUCCUUCAUUCCAAAGGAAUUGUCUACAGGGACCUGAAGCUGGAUAACAUCCUCUUAGACAAAGAUGGACACAUCAAAAUUGCGGACUUCGGGAUGUGCAAGGAGAACAUGCUGGGAGACGCCAGGACCAACACCUUCUGUGGGACCCCCGACUACAUCGCGCCAGAGAUCCUCCUGGGUCAGAAGUACAACCACUCUGUGGACUGGUGGUCCUUCGGUGUUCUCCUCUACGAGAUGCUAGUAGGUCAGUCCCCUUUCCACGGGCAGGAUGAAGAGGAGCUUUUCCACUCCAUCCGCAUGGACAAUCCCUUUUACCCGCGAUGGCUCGAGAAGGAGGCGAAGGACCUUUUAGUGAAGCUCUUUGUAAGAGAGCCUGAGAAGCGGCUGGGGGUGAGGGGAGACAUCCGUCAGCACCCCUUGUUUCGGGAGAUCAACUGGGAAGAGUUGGAAAGGAAGGAGAUCGACCCGCCAUUCAGACCUAAAGUGAAAUCGCCAUACGACUGCAGCAAUUUCGACAAGGAGUUCCUGAAUGAGAAGCCCCGGCUGUCAUUCGCAGACAGGGCGCUGAUCAACAGCAUGGACCAGAACAUGUUCCGGAACUUUUCCUUCAUGAACCCAGGGAUGGAGAAGCUGAUAUCCUGACCUCGCCUCUCUGGAGGAUUUGCCCUCUUCCCUCUGUGAACUGGUUCAAGCAGACACUCCUUGGGUUCCUUUUCAACUUGGAAAAGAAAAGAAACACUCAACCAUAGAGGCUGAGCCCCUGGGAGCUCCUCAGCAGCUUUGUCUGUAGCAGAAACUAGCUCUGCUUCACUGAUGACUGUGGCCAGUCUUGAAGUUAGUUUCUUACUCACUGUAGCUAUUUACUUGAAGAUGGAUCUCCAUGCUGUGAAAGAUCUGAAAACUGAACUCUGCUCUGAGUUAUGACUCUUCACCUGGGCACCAGCUACUGGUCCAUGACCUACGUGUUGACUCAAGGAGCAUAAUCUGAACCUCUCAAGACUGAAGACAGCACAUGGCCUGGCGUAGCACUGGAUUCCAUUCAGCCACAGACAAGUCACCACUAACCCAUUUCAUUCUGUUCACACCUGUGCAAGUGUAAGGGGGAAGGGGUGGAGGAAGCCCUGAAUAGGGUCUUACAGGAACUCUUCAUAAUAAACAUAGCUUAUAAGUUGAGAUUUACAAAUCCAUUCGUUCUGAUUAGCGAGGAAAUUCAUGGGAGAAAGGAAGGUGGAGAGUGUUGGUGUCAUUGAUAUGAAAGGUUGACUCGACCCCUACUCUUGUUACCUUGUCAACAUAGAAAUUAGAAUCCAAUGAAGAUUUAGUCAUAGAAUCAUUUUACUCCUGCCAAUAAAACUUUCCCACCCAUCCAUUCUCAGCUGAUUUCAGUAUCAGUGGCCGUUUCUCAUUAUCAUCCUCACAUUAGAACAGGAGAAAAAAAUGAAAUGUGUAACUCUUCUAGGGAAAAGAAAUCCCAUUCCUUUAUGAUACAGUUACUGAUGUUUUGAUGACUCGUAAGUCUCUUGAGAGAGACAUCUUUCAGGAUAAACACCCAUGCAUGCUAUUCACAGUGAUCUUAUUUAAUAAGAAUUCUAGCUAUACCUGUUUAAAGUAUCUGUGUUGUUUGUAUAUUUUGAUAAAAUGUUAUGGCUUCAUGACAAAGAGAUGGAUACAUAAAAAUGGAAUAAAAGAAAGAUGCCUCUU